UCGAUAAAGAAAGAGUGGCCCAUAGGGACGGGUAAACAAAUCACACCAUACACUCGGAACUACAUCGGGAGGUUACAUCCGUUCUAAACCAGGUUGAUAGGAAUUUCAAACAGUUAUAUACAGAACAAGUUGGGGAUAUUUAAGAUGGAAAUGGCAGUUGCGCAUGUCCAAGAAUACAGCUGGCAGUGUGAUAAAUCACUAGUUGAGUGUCUGGAUCAUCUCUUCACGUCCAGUGUAUCAUAUGACGUCACGUUUCUUGUUGGUGAUGGCAGAACUAGGAUUUCCGCACACAAAACUAUUCUGAUAAGCAGAAGUCCAGUAUUUUACGCAAUGUUGGAUGGUCAGAUCACCGAAAAGGACGAAAUAACCAUUACAGACAUCCAGCAUGAUGUUUUUACAAUGUUUAUGAGAUAUCUGUAUACAGACGAAAUUCACCUAACAGUUGCCGUAGCAACGCCCGUGUUAUCUGCUGCCAGGAAAUAUAUGGUGGACCGUCUGGUGAAAAAGUGUGAAUCAUUCAUCAAGAGUUCUCUUACCACUGAAAAUGUAUGCUCCGUGCUGGAACAAAUCCAUCUGUAUACCGAGGAAAGCUUAAAAGAUGACUGUCUAGGUGUGAUCGCGCGAUCGGCAGAAAAAGUUUUUAAAUCAUCAAGUUUUGUUGAGCUGUGUGACGCAUGCGUGAAGAGCAUCACAGAAUCUGACGACCUGGCGGUGGAGGAGAGCGCGGUGUACGAGGCGGUGAUUCGGUGGUCGGAAGCGGAGUGUGGGCGUCAGGGUCUGGAGGUGACUGAUAUUAACAGACGGGCGGUACUGGGGGACAUCCUUUAUACUGUCAGGUUCCCCAUCAUUGACGCAGGCUACUUGUCACGACAUAUCCUGUUAAGAGAUGUUUUGACGCCAGAACAACUGCUCAGCAUCCUGAGAUAUCAGCAGGACUGCAAAGCAUAUCCAUGUACAGAGUUUUGUGUUAAGAGACGAAUGCCACUAAAAACUGAAAUUGAUCCUUAUGACGAAGUUGUACAUGUGGUGGACUCAAAAACUUCCAGGCGCAAUAUAAAACUAGCUCGAAAGCAAAGUCGGUUACGGGGGUCACGUGGCUAUUUACUAGACCAACUGGAGUGAUUGUUAUAUCAGUGGGGAGG